UUUGAAUUUAGGAGAGAAUGAAUUCCAUGGAAGCAUACCACCUGAAAUUGGCAACUUUUCCAAGCUCGAGAUGUUAUUGCUAUAUGGCAACAACUUGGCAGGAGAUUUGCCUUGGACAAUCUUCAAUAUUUCAUCUUUAACAGUACUCAACCUUCAGAUGAAUGAACUCUCUGGAAUUCUUCCAAAUGACCCUUGUUAUCUCCUUCCACAAUUGGAGAUUCUGGCUAUUUCCGAAAACCAUAUUCAUGGAGAAAUCCCUCAAUCUCUAUCCAGUUGCAGGAAACUUCAAGUACUUUCCAUGUCUAAAAAUGAACUCUCUGGAAGAUUACCUAGGGACAUCUGGAACCUGUCAUCUCUUCAGGAACUUUAUCUUGAAAAAAUGAACUUGACAGGCCUAAGACAUUGGAAUUCACCAAGUCUUGAAGGACUUCUUCUCGGCGACAACCAAUUCAGUGGAACCAUUCCUAGCACUAUAUCAAAUGCCUCCCAACUCACAGUGCUUGAUCUUGGGCAUAACAUGUUCAGCGGCAAUGUACCUUUGGUGGUUGAAAAUUUACACCAACUUCAAUAUUUUUCCAUAGAAGAAAACCAUAUCACAAAUGAUCCAUCGGCCAAUGAGCUAAGCCUACUCACUUCAUUGUCGAAAUGCAAGAAUUUGAAAAUGGUUAUUUUGGCCAGCAAUCCAUUCAACACAGUUCUUCCCAACUUGUUAGAUGUUGGCAAUAAGUCGUCAUCAUUGGAAAUCUUAUAUGCAAGAGAUUGUCACUUUAAAGGCAGCAUACCUAGUGGAAUCAGCAACUUCAACAACUUGAUUUCUCUGGACUUGAACCAAAACAACUUCUCAGGUUCGCUUCCUGGAACAUUGGGACAUUUGCUGAGAUUACAGGGUUUAUUCGUACAUAACAACAAAAUUGAGGGAUCAAUACCAAACACCUUAUGCUAUCUGAGAGACUUAUCUGAAUUGCAUCUUGAAGACAAUAAGCUCUCAGGGAGCAUACCAAGCUGUUUUGGAAAUAUAUCUUCUUUGAGAAAAAUAUAUUUAGGUUCCAAUUUAUUUACAUCUACUGUACCGCUUGGCUUCUGGAAUAACAAAGAUGUCUUGGAGCUGGACUUGUCGUCCAAUUUUCUUAGUGGUACCUUGUCUUCUGAAAUUGGAAAUAUGCACAACAUGGUAUACCUCAAUCUUUCAGGUAACCAAUUUUCUGGAGAAAUUCCUUACACCAUUGGGCAACUUCAGAAUUUGCUUAAUCUCUCUCUAUCAUCAAAUAGGCUUCAAGGUCCUAUUCCUCAGUCAUUUGGUAGUCUCAUAAGCUUGCAAGCAUUAGAUUUAUCUAAUAACAGCCUCUCUGGUGGUAUUCCAAAGUCGAUGGAGAAGCUCAAAGAUCUAGUGCAUCUAAACCUGUCUUUCAAUGAUCUAAGUGGUAAAAUUCCAAAUGGUGGACCCUUUGCAAAAUUUAGCAUGGAAUCGUUCAUGGGUAACAAGGAACUAUGUGGAGCUUCUCGAUUCCAUGUCAUGGAAUGCAAAGAAGGUAAAGGAAAACCGAGAAAUAUUGCCAUAUUUCUCAAGUAUGUUUUGCCAUCUCUUGUAUCAGUGGUUGUUGUUGCUGUUCUAUUAGUUUGGUUGCUUACGUUCUGGAAGAGAAACAAAAAAAGGGAGCCUCGGGCUGAAGAUUCACUUGAUGUUGCACUCAAGAGGAUUUCAUACUAUGAAAUUCUUGGUGCUACAGAAAACUUUGAUGAGAGCAACUUGAUUGGGAGGGGGAGUUUUAGCUCAGUGUUCAAGGGCACUUUUGUUGAUGGGGUGAUUGCUGCAAUAAAAGUCUUCAAUUUGGAUGUGCAAGAUUCAGUCAGGAGCUUUGAUGUAGAGUGUCAAGUGCUAAGGAAUAUUCGGCAUAGAAAUCUUGUCAAAGUAAUAACCAGUUGUUCCAACAUCGAUUUCAGAGCUUUGAUUUUAGAGUAUAUGCCCAACGGGAACCUGGACAAGUGGCUCUAUUCACAUAAUUAUUUCCUAGAUAUCUAUCAGAGGCUAGGAAUAAUGUUGGACGUUGCGAAUGCACUCGAGUACUUGCAUCAUGGACAUUCUUUUCCAGUGGUUCAUUGUGAUUUGAAGCCUGGUAACAUUCUUUUAGAUGAAAACAUGGUUGCACAUGUUGGUGACUUUGGUAUAGCUAAGCUACUGGAGAAAGAUAAGGCCACUAAGCAAACAAAAACCAUGGGCACAGUUGGAUACAUGGCUCCAGAGUAUGGUUGUGCAGGAAUAAUAUCCAGCAUGGGAGAUGUAUACAGUUUUGGGAUUCUACUAAUGGAAGUAUUCACGAGAAGGAAGCCCACAGAUAAGAUGUUCCAAGGAGACUUCACCAUAAGGAGAUGGGUGUGUGAUUCAUUGCCUGAUGCAAUAAUGGAGAUCGUUGACUCUAAUUUAGUGACAAGAGAAGAAGGUGCAGGGCAAGAAAUAGAGGAGUGCUUCUUGAUGGUGAUGAGAUUAGCUAUGGAAUGCACAUCUGAUUUUCCAGAGGAGAGGAUCAGCAUGGAAGAUGCCAUAUAGAGUGGAGAUCGAGGAG